ACCAUUUCAUAAGGAAUCCGAUUACACUGGUCGUGAAAGGAACUUUGGUAGAGGGAAAUGCAGAAAUAAAAUGAAUGGAGUUUAACUCAGUCCUGUCCACAAAGGGGCUACACGACUGCCAGUCAUCCGGCUACAAGAGGAGGGGGCCACACUGACAGUUACUCCGUCCUGCCAAUCAAGCGGCUAGAGAAGGCGGUGGGUGGAGCUACGAUCCGUGUGACUGACAGCUGUGGGCGGAGCUACGAAGUCCGGGCGCUUCGACGUCACCGCGCACAGGAGGAGGACGCCCGGAGCAUGGGUCGGAAGCGGUGCGUGGGAGACUGUUCCAAGAUGGCGGCGGGCUGCUGCGGGGUGAAGAAGCAGAAACUGUCCAGCUCUCCGCCGUCUGGCUCAGGGGGUCCCGGUGGGCCGCACUGCAGCGGGGAGAGCCUGUGCCGCGGGGCGGAGCUGGGCCUGGGAGGCCCCGUGAACGGACCCAGUGGAAACAGCCGGGUGAACGGCCUGUCUUGUGGUAAUAGCCUAUCGCCGGGCUGCGGGACUCUCUCUCCGGGCUGUGGCUCCAGUUUAAGCCCCGGCUCCCGGAAGAUGGUGGUGUCGGCUGAGAUGUGCUGCUUCUGCUUCGAUGUUCUGUAUAGCCAUCUGUACGGGUACCAGCCGCCCCGCACGCCACGCUUCACCAAUGACCCAUACCCACUGUUUGUAACAUGGAAGAUUGGACGGGACAAAAGGCUGCGUGGAUGCAUAGGAACCUUUUCUGCCAUGAACCUGCAUUCUGGUCUCAGGGAGUACACACUUACCAGUGCCCUUAAAGAUAGCCGUUUUCCCCCAAUGACGAGGGAUGAGCUGCCACGGCUAUUCUGCUCAGUGUCUCUGCUUACAAAUUUUGAAGAUGUAUGUGAUUACUUGGACUGGGAGGUGGGUGUACAUGGCAUUAGAAUAGAAUUCAUCAAUGAAAAAGGAUCCAAAAGAACCGCCACGUACUUACCGGAGGUUGCAAAGGAGCAAGGUUGGGACCACAUACAAACCAUUGAUUCCUUAUUGAGGAAAGGUGGAUACAAAGCUGCAAUCAGUAAUGACUUCAGGAAAACUAUUAAACUGACCAGAUACCGUAGCGAGAAGAUGACAAUGAGCUAUGCCGAGUACCUUUCCCACCGUCAGCACCACCACUUUCAAAAUGGCAUCGGGCACCCGCUCCCACCAUACAACCAUUAUUCCUGACACUGAGCCGCAUGACCAGUCACUAGACCUCUCAGCAGAACUCUUCCCAGGGGACCUGGCUCCCUCUUGGUCUAGCUAUCUCUAUUACUGUACCAUUUUAUGAUGAUUGUUUCCGUUGUCCUGUUUAGACUUUGCUUUUUAUGGCAAAGCUAACCAGGGCAACGGGUGGGAAGACAUAUUAAGUACCCACAAUGUUUUUUUCCCUAUUUUUUAUUAGAAUUGUUUUGAGCUACUGAGUUUUUUUGCAGCAUAUACAUAUUUUUUUUCUUUUACAUUUACUUCUUACCUUAUUUUACAGUUUGUGUUUGCUAACCUAUAUCCCUACUGAUCAGGGUUUCUCAAUGAAUGUGGAUGGAAGGACGUGUUAAGUAAUGAAGGGUCUGUGAUUGGCAUAAGGAUAGGAGUUCUAUGUGCGUGCUUAGCUAGUUAGUGUCUGGUAAAUAUCAUUAGAUCCUUGUAUUUUUCUUUUUAUCAGUUUAAACUCGUGCACACGACCAUGUCUGCAAACCACGGACCCACAAAAUCCGGAUCACUUCCAUGUGCACUUUGCAUUUUUCUGGCUAAUCUAAUCUGCCAUGCGGACCAGAUUAGGACAAGUUCUAUAAUUUGUGGAGCGGCCAUGCGGAUCCGCAAAAGAUACGGAUAUGAGCACGAACCCAUAGAAAUGAAUAGGUCUGUCUUCUAUCCACAAAAAAAUGCAGAUGGGACACGAAUGAAAAAUAUGGUCGUGUGCAUGAGGCCUUACCCUUUUCCGAGUCUGCUUUUGUUGCUUCACAUGUCUUGGCGUUCCUAUAAUAGGAUGUUUUCUUGGCAUUUCCAUUGAUUUUCAAAAUCAGAUUUCUACUGUUCAGAAUUUCAGGUCAUAGAUUCACUCGCACAUCAGUUGCUUAUUAAGUUAAUGUUGAAUGUUUCCAUUUUUGUGUUUGGCUGUAACCUAGAACUAUAAUGGCAGCACAAGAUAUAGAAGCAUAUGAUGGAACGCUGUAUUUGUAUCGGUCAGAUGUUUUCAACCCUACCUCAGAAUUGCCUUGCAGUGUUAGAUAACAUACAUUUACAUGAUUGAUGUGUUUUGCUCUUGCUUUAAUGCACAGUGUUCUACCUAUCUGGUGUAAGAGUUCCAUCAUCUAUCACAUCCAAAAUAUGCAUCUCUACCUUACAAUCUUUGUGAAUGCCAAGGGGGCUCCAUGCUACUGAAUGCUUCUGUCACUGCUAAGUUGUAUCGAUGGCUACUUUUAAGAAUGGCAACCUGGGUUCAGACUGGCCCAACUAUGGUAGCAGCGGGCUGUGUCUAGAUAAAAAGGCUACAUGUUUGGUAUCCAAGUUGUAAUAUGACUACCAUUGAGCUGGAGCCAGACUUCCUGCUUAAGGAAAUUACUGGGAGCUUUAAAUUUGGAAGGACUGUGAGCAGGGUGUCUACUCAUUGGCAUGGAAUGUGCUUUUUAUAGAAAUCUAACUUUACUUUUCUCCUGCUCAAGUGCCAUUAGCCUUAUCAUAGCUUUACAGAUCUCUCAAGCACAGAGUUGCUAGACAUUGUCAUCGCAGUGAGCACGGUUGCUGGUGACGCCUAAUGUUGGAACAGUGGACAUAAGCUCAGCUGGCUGCUUUUGAAUGCAGAAUUUGCAUGCUGGAACCAUUAACUUGUAUAAAGAACAUUGUAGUGGAGUUGAUACUCACAGAGACGUCUAGAUUAGCUUGUGAGAUAUAGUAGCCAGGGUUUUAACCUCAUUGUCGUCAGAGAGGCUUAUACUGAGACAGCACCAUAAGCCACUCUUGCGGCACUGGUGGUUGACUCUUCAGCGGUUCCUUCAUCCACAUCAUUUGCUUGAAAAUUGGCAAUCCUCACUGCUGCUGACAAGAGUUAGCAUGUAUCCUUUCCCCUUUUGGAUGCCUUAAAUAAUUCAUAUGCUGCCAGCACAUACUGCAGAGUAGAUUUUGGUGUCUGAGCAGCUUCCAAAGUUUGUCAGACCAUUACAUUGUAGGUUCUCUUGGCAACAGGAGAAACCAGGAUUUUUUUUUUGUUUUGUUUUUUCCAUCCCUCCGUAACCUCCCCCCAUACUCAGGUGUACACAGUAAAAAAUCUUUUUAUUUUUAUAUAAUUUUUUUUACCCUUUGUAUGAUGCAACAUUGAGGGGGAGUCACAAAGUAGUGUCUCCUACAGAGAGGUUUCUGCUGACAUCCCCUCACCUUAGAUCUUUGUUUUAUACCCAUUAAACAAAGUGAGCACAAGUGAAAUCAUGGUUUUUGCUGCAAAAAAUCUGUUCUUUUACCAAUACUGGCACAGCAAAACUUUUUGAUUUUUGUUGGCGCAGGUUGCAAUUUUUUUUUUUUUUUUCAUGAAUGAGCUUUAGAAUUUACUUUCUAUUUUUAAACUCUAUGUAUUUAAAGGUGCUAAUCAUCCUUGCACAAGGUCCCGUGACUGGUCAUGCCAACUCCAAGAUCAUAUCAGAUUUUUUACUAAUACUCGAUAUAUGCAGAUGUUCUACAGAUGUUUCUUACUUGUGUAAUAAUGAGAUAUUGAUGAAAUGCUAAUCCUGCAGGUUUUGAUAGUACAAGGUCAGCAAUACUUCCCAGCAUGGCUUAGGGGAGAUUGAAAAACCACAAAAAAAGGAUUGUUUGUGUGUCCUUUUGUAUACAGCUUAAUGCAAAAAUGCAUCUGUCUCUUAGUAGCUGUUAAUUAUCUUAAAAAAAAUGUCUAAAGAUUGUUAUGCAACUGGGAUGGUGUAAUCUGCAUCAAGAAAUUGAUACUUGAAGCCCAGGUCUACCUAGACUCAAAGUUCAGUUCUAAUGCUGUUAGUCCGAUAUUUCACAUCCCAUACUUCACAUUGCACAAGCAGGGUGAGAUCUUUUUUGCAGUUUGCCAAAAUCCUCACUAGUUGUUGGUAGUCACCUGAGAUUUAUCCCUGUCUAAAGUUGGCCAUACACCUUAAAUAAAGGAUGGUUGAACAGUCAGAUGGUCAACAAUCUGUUCACAGACAUGGUCAUACACAUUUUGGAUCUUAUUGGCCGGUACAGUUGAUCAUACAUGUUCAAUGAAGUCAGGCGAUGGACGAAAGAUCUUUCUGGGAACAUUAUUUCAAAGAAAGAUCUUCCAUCCGACUAUCGUAUGAAAAUAUUUUACACAAAAAUGGUCUGCCAUCACUUUUUUUUUGUUCAAUUUCACCUGACAAACAUUUAUUUUGGUUGAAAUCGUCCGUUUUGAUCAACUUUAGACUAAUAUGUACUGGUUACUGUAAAGGGAUUCUGUUGCCAGCGACCUCCCUAUCAAACUGUUUGCAUAGACACAUAGCUGUGGUUCACCUCAUUUAAAACAGUUUUCUUUUGUUGAUGCGAGCCUCCAUUCCCGAGUUAUGAUACUUUUUAAUAUGCCAAUUAGGUCUUUGGUGCGAUGAGGCCGUCACAUUUGCUCUUGUUGCACCCAAGCGCCACCCAUUUCUGUGACCAGCACCUCCAUUGCUGCUUUGCCACUGUCUGGCCCUGUCAAUCAAAGCAGUGAGGAUAUGAAAAAAAAAAAAAGUAUCACAACUUGGGAACGGAGCCUCAGAUCCACAAAAGUAAAACAGCUUUUUAUUCAGGUGAAACACAGCUAUGCGUCUAUGCAGACAAUUUGAUAUUGAGGUCGCUGGUGACAGACUCCCUUUAACAUAUUCACUGCAAUAUGACUUGAAGGAAGAAUACAUUUGGGUUAUCUACAGUCACAUCUGAUCCUCUUCUAAUGUAUUUCAUGCCAGUGAAUCCAGCUAUGCAAUUACAUUCACCACUAAACCUUUCUUUUAAUUUUGAUUUUAUGUACGUUGCUUCGUUAUUUCACUAUAUUUUAGUUUACUUUUUAUUUAAAUCAAAAAGACUCCACAACCAUUAGAUAUUUUAGAAGCACAUUGAACCAUGUAGCUGGAAUAAUAUAGUUUUCAUGUUUUAAUCUAAUCUUGCAGAGAAUGUAUGCAUUUUAAUCCCUGUUCUUGUCAUACAUAUGGAAAACCACAUGUCUACUGUGACAAAUAUGUUCUCAAACUCAUCUGUCAUGUUUUGUCACCUUUUUAGUUUUUGGCUGGUCCUGCGGCUGCCAUCUUCACAGUUAUAACUUGUGCUGCUUGCCUAUGAGAUUUAAAUAUGUUUGAUUGCAGAAGACUUCAUACCGAUUUUGCACCAUCUUGAGUUGGUUAUUAAUUGUCCUUCAGUACAAAACCAAGCUGCUAAAGAAAGGCUGCUGUGUUAUGCCAUGAUAAUAGUCCUCCGCUUUAUACAGUGCAUACAUGAAAAGCACAGACAAAUGCCAGUGUCUGCAACUCCUCCGUAGUUAUUAGGAAGAAUCUGACCCUGAGCAGCACGACUACAUAGACAGAUGCACCUCUCACUUGUAUAACACUCUACUUAGUGCUCGUCUUCAAUUGUGCAGGUUUCUUAAAAAAUUAACAAAUAGUAAAUCUGUCUGAGAUAGAUUUCAUCUCUUGUAUGUUAGACCAAACCAAAGAAACCUCUGGCCAUACUUUAAAUGCUGCUCCUUAAAGCCUUUUCGUUCUAUCAAACAAUCCUGCAGGAUUAUAAUGUGUUUGGUUUUUUUUUUUGUACAGUUUCUAACAGAUUUUUUUUUCUAGUGAUGUUUAAGUGAAUCAAGUUUAUUUGAGGAGACUGGAAAAAUGCAUUCUCUGUAUAAAUAAACUGAUAACUUUUUUUUUUUUCCCUGUUCAUUCUUUUGUCUAAGGAGCCCUUCAUGUGUGCCUCUGAGAAUUAAAGGGUUCCAUGUUACAUUCAUUCUUAAGACCAGCAAAGAUUCUUUCUAUAAGAAGAUUCUUUUUUUUUUUUUUCCUUUUUAUAUUACUGUUCCGGGGGAAAAAAAAAAAAAAAGAUAAAAAAAUUAUAUAUAUAUAAAUAUAAACACUUUGCGCUGGACCCAGUAACUAAGCUGGUUGAAAAACGCACUGAGAAAAUGAACUUAUGUUUGAAACUUUUGUAUAAAACAUACAAUGACUGUUUUUGUAUAUCAAAGUUGAUUCUUUUUUCAGAAAUUUUUUGGGAUCUAGUUUCUAAGUUUAGUGUUUUUAUAUGUUACAGAAGAAAUUGCUUUGACUACAUCACCAGCUUGAUGUCAAUGCAUUGGUGAUCACCUUCACAGCUCAAGAUCCUCGGAAUGCAUUGUAGAGCAAUGUCUUGUGGGCUUCUUCAGCUACGAAGGACCUAUAUAAAAUGGGCCACGUGGCUGCCUGGCGUAGCUGCGCCCCAGUAAUUUCUCUACUUAUUAACUUGAUUACAAAUUACAAUAAUGACAGAGUACAUGCCCCUCUCCUUUCCAUUAUACUAGAUCCUUCCCUCCACAUAUAGUUGCUAUUAGUGUGAAACUGUUAUAAUGGGCAUUUUAUUACAAUAGGUAAGGUUAAAAAAAAGGUUAAAAUGGAGAAAAAGGCAAAAAAAAAAUCUAUAUAUAGAAGGUUAUUUGUGGGUCUGUGAGCUAUGGCUGUGGAAAGAUAUUGUAGUAGUUUUAACACUAUUGUUACCUUUUAAAUUACCCAAAUAAAAUAUGGAAAAAGA